CAUCCAUCUUUUAAGAAAUCAUCAGAAAGAAGAUUAAAAAAAAAAGGGAAACCCAUUUUUGUCACUCAAAUUUCCAUAGCUUUUGCAUGGCAGUGAGGUUAUUGUCACAUGAGUUGUCUGACCUGUGUCUUGGGAAGCCAGCUCUGAGGUCACUUUCUGUAACAUCCACCAUUGCCCAGGCACUCGAGGUCUUGAAAACCUCUGAUGAUAUUUUCGUUAGCGUCUGGAGCUGUGACCAUAAGCCCAAAACCACUCCAGGCUUUGAACCAGUUGAUGAUUUUGAUGAUGAGUGUCGAUGUGUUGGCAAAAUUUGCAUCGUGGAUGUCAUUUGUUUUCUCUGCAGAGAUGAAAAUUUGGUGUCGCCUCCGGUUGCUUUGAAGAAUCCUGUUUCUGUGCUUUUGCCUAAGAUUCCUGGCCUUGUUUUGCAUGUGGAACCGUCUUGCAGCUUGUUGGAAGCAAUUGAUCUUAUACUUGAAGGAGCACAGAACCUUGUGGUGCCAAUCAGAACGAAGCUGAGCAACAAGAGAUCAAAACAGCAGCAAAAGCCUUCGGUUACGGUCACUAACCACAAAGGCCGUGAAUUUUGCUGGCUAACUCAAGAAGAUGUCAUCAGAUUCCUACUGAGCUCCAUCGGUCUGUUUUCACCGAUCCCUGCUUUAUCCAUCGACACCCUUAACAUAAUAAGCCCUAACACCAUCACCAGCGAGUACCACUCGCCUGCCUCAGCCGCCAUUGGAGCCAUCUCUCGAGCUCUUGUGGAGCAAACCUCGGUGGCAGUUGUCGACAGCCAGGGAGCCUUGAUCGGCGAGAUUUCACCCUUCACCUUGGCCUGCUGUGAUGAGACGGUGGCGGCGGCGGUCAAGACCUUGUCAUCCGGGGAUCUAAUGGCUUACAUCGACUGUGGAGGCCCCCCGGAAGACCUUGUCAAGGUGGUUUCCGCAAAGCUAAAGGAGGAAAACCUGAAUGGGAUGCUUCAACAUUUCACUUUUUCAAUGUCUAGUGGUGGGUUCUCAUCUGCAUCUUCCUCUUCCGAUGAGGAAUACUCGAUGGCGGCUCCGGUUUCGUCGAUGCCGAGGCCCCGGAGGCUGAGCAGGUCGAUGAGUUAUUCAGCCAGGAUGGUGAGAAGAUCCGAGGCAAUUGUUUGCCACCCCAAGAGCUCAUUUGUUGCAGUCAUGAUCCAAGCCAUUGCUCAUAGGGUGAACUAUGUUUGGGUGAUAGAGGAUGAUUGUAGCUUGGUUGGGAUUGUCACAUUUUCUGAUAUGUUAAAAGUUUUCCGGGAAAAUGUUGAAUCCAUGGCCUAAGGCAUUUGUUGAUGCUAACAAUGCUGACAGAGCUCAGUUGAGGCUGCAGGUAGAGGAAGAAUAAACACAAUUGUGUGAAUAUUGGAUCAUUUUUUUGUUAUUGUCAUGUGAGAUGAGGUGUUUGAUAUAAUC